UGCUGUAGAGGAUGGAAACUACUUCAAGCCAGGGGGUGUGGCAGCACCCCCAACACCCCUACUUCCAGCUCCUAUGCUCUUGAGCAGCUUCACUUUCACCUAAUAGUUUUGUAAUUCACUGUGUAAGAAACAAAACUAAACCUCAUCCUGCAUGGGAAUUAAAUUGAGAUAUCUUAGUUAAAGUGAAAUUUUGUGCUUAUUAAUUAAAACUAUAGUUUUUAUCACCCACUGGCUUAAGUUCAUGUUGACUUUGGUAUUAUGUGAAACAGCUGAUUUAACCUUCAAAUGAGCUAAUGAAUUGUAUUGUUGGCAUAAACUGUCAGUUCUUCAGGGUGUUUGAAUUUAAUUUGACCAGUUGAAAACAUUUCAUUUUUGUUUGAGAACUUCAGGAAUAGAAGAAAAGGCUUCAAGAAGGGAGAUAAGGACAUUUAGAAACACUGAACACAAUGUAACCGAGCCUCAAAUAUAAAACAGAGAGCAAGGAGCAUAUUGAAGGACAAAGGAAAAUGAUUAAAAGCUUUUGGAGCUUGACUUAUGAAUGGAGAAGGAAGACUUCAGGCAAUGGGAAAGUAAAAUAAAAUAGAUCUUUGAGCUAAAGGAAAAGAAAGCAGUAGACUGAAAAGAAGGCCUCAGGAGAUAAAGAAGGAUGGCCUGGUGGAUACUUGGAUUGGAGAACAUCAAGAAAAAUCAAGGGUACUGCAAAAAAGUAAUGGUGAUGAUUCAGUGGAGGAUGGAACAUGAGGCUACUCAGCUGGAAAAUCAGCAUGUACAUAGUGUGUAUGAAAGCACAGCCUCCUAUUUUAAUGACCUGCAAAGCAAAGCAUGGCCUCGUGUUCGUCAGUUUCUGUUGGAGCAAAAGCCUGGCAGUCUCAUUGCUGAUAUAGGAUGUGGGACUGGAAAGUAUCUCAAUAUCAACAGUCAGGUGUUUAAUCUGGGCUGUGAUUACUGUGAACCUUUGAUAAAUAUUGCAAGGAAGAAAGGCUGUGAAGUCUCGGUAUGUGACAACCUUAAUCUUCCCCUUAGGGAUCAGUGCUUCAAUGCAAUCAUCUCCAUCGGAGUGAUUCACCAUUUCUCAACUAAACAAAGAAGAAUCAAAGCAAUAAAAGAAAUGGCAAGGGUGUUGGUACCUGGAGGUCAGAUCAUGAUUUAUGUUUGGGCCAUGGAACAAAAAAAUCGUCGCUUUGAAAAACAAGACGUAUUUGUUCCAUGGAAUAGAGACUUGUGCUCCCGGCUUCUUUCAGAAUCAAAUCAGUCUGGACAUAAGAGUGAUCUUGAACAUACUGUAAAAAAACACCCACAGCAACUAGUAGGCUCUGAAUGCAGCUACCCAAUUAAUCUUAAACAGGAACUUGAUACAAAAAGUUCCCACAGUACAGACCAUUGCUUAGCCAAAACCUGCUGCAUGAAAAUGUCUGAAGAAGAAGAAAAUCGAUUCUAUAGUGCUCUAGGGAAAUCAUUUCGUUCAUGGUUUUUCUCCAGAUCCCUUGAUGAAUCAACCUUAAGAAAGAAAACUGAGAAGAUGAAAUCUCUGAAGAAUGUAGGAGGAUGGGCAAACAGUACCAUAUCUAUUCAACCAUCAAGACACUGCAGUUUAGACUUAGGUCACUGUGGGCCAUUGUUAAAAGAGCAAAGUUUAGAUGAUGAUGAAGUGUUUCUAGAAAAUGCAUCUGUCAAAAAACCACAAUGGAUGACAGCCUCAGGUGUAAUAAGGGAUUUAAAUGGAGAACACCAUGGAGUAGUUCAGAGCAAGAAUGAAGAAACAUCUUUUCUGAGUGGUCCUGUGGAAGACAGGGACAACAACUGUACUUAUAGUAGAGAUGAAGAUGGUAAGUCUACUGCUAGCAAACUCUUUCAAAGAACUUCAACAACUGACUCCACUGAUUCUAUUUUGGAUGAAGCAAUGGCUGUUGAGGACCAGGUUGUUGACAUAUUGGAUACAAAAGCCUUCAUGCGUUAUUAUCAUGUUUUUCGGGAAGGAGAGCUAUGCUGUCUACUGGAAGAGAAUGUGCCUGAGCUUCAUAUUAUUAGUUCUUGCUAUGAUCAUGGAAACUGGUGCAUUAUUGCAGAGAAAAUAGCAAAAUAACUGCAAACUGAACAAAUAAAACAAAACUUUGAAAAUUGAAAACUUUGAACACUGCUCCUUGAAGGUGUUCUGUGGUGGUGUUGUAAUUGUGCAAUAUAAAAUGGAAUUUGAGUCUCCUGUAGUUGUGUUCCAUCCAUUUCUGAUUUUACUUUGUAUUUAUCUAUAAAUACUGUAUAUAAGAAUGUAAGAGGCAAACAACAAUACUUAUGUUUUGUCAAAGAUAGGCUUUUAAGAGUUUUACAUUGCUUUUAGCAAAUGAUUCAGUUUUUAAAUGUACUUCUGUAUUGAAAAAUAAACAAAACAUUUUUAUAA